AUGGCGACAUUUGCUUGGUAUGAUAAAUGGUCCCAUGCGGAUCCAAUUGGGAGCUUUAUUACGCCAAGGAUGUUUCAACAAGCGGGCUUUUGCAUUAACACAAAGUUAGCGGAAGUGGUGAAUGAUGGUCAAUGGUUAUGGCCGGAGGCUUGGCUAGACACAUACCCGGCUCUGGCAAAUAUGCAGAUCCCGAGUUUAACGCCAAAUAAAAAAGAUACCAUUGCCUGGAUUGAUAAUAACGGAAAGGAAACAACAUACUCGUCCAAGAAUGUCUGGGAUACACUUCGGUUAAGCAACCCAAGUGUAAACUGGUAUAGAGCAGUUUGGUUUUCUCAGUGUAUACCGCGUCAUGCGUUUCUCAUGUGGCUAGUGAUUGGGAACAAGCUUAAGACUCAAGAUAGGUUGAAGCAUUGGGAUGUUGGUGGACCCGUAAACUUGCGGCUGAUGUGUUGUCCAUUGUGUCAGCACGGUAUUGAUUCUCGAACGCAUUUAUUCUUUGAAUGCCCUUUUUCGACACAAGUUUGGAUGAUAGUUAAACCCAUGGGAGCAAUGCAACACAUCUCGGAUAAGUGGGAGGACAUUUUCCAGCAUCUUGUUCACACAUCAGGUUCAAAAUUAGCAAAGCACGUUAUUGGAAGGAUUUUGGUUGCGGCGUCCGUUUAUCAGAUUUGGCUAGAAAGGAAUUCCAGGUUGUUUGCGAAUACUCAACGCUCAGCUCAGCAAGUUGCGGAUGCGGUCAACUCCUCGGUUCGAUUGAAGUUGGUAACUUUGAAGUUCAAGGAUUCGAGACAAGUGGAGAAAAUUCUUGAAUAUUGGAAGCUGCCGAAAGGGCUAGUAAUUUACGAUCAACUAGGCUAA